AAUUUCAUAAGCCAAUCAGGACCGUCCGCCAUGCCAUCCCAAAGCACCCAUAAAAGUGCUAUAAAACCCUAACUUUCACUCCCACCAUCUUCCUCUUAACCCCGCCGAGAAACCCCUAACCCUAGUUCAUCGUCACCGUAGACACAGCGGCUACAACUCGAGAUGGGUGAAGAAGUCAAGGUAGUGGUUCCAGAGUCCGUGUUGAAAAAGAGAAAGAGGGAAGAGGAGUGGGCCUUGGCCAAGGAACAGGAGCGUGUAGCUGCCAACAAGAAGAAGGCUGAGAACCGGAAGCUCAUUUUCAACAGAGCAAAGCAGUAUUCUGAGGAGUAUGAGCAGCAGGAGAAAGAGUUGAUCCAGUUGAAGCGUGAGGCUAAGUUGAAAGGUGGAUUUUAUGUUGACCCAGAGGCUAAGCUCUUGUUCAUUAUUCGUAUCCGUGGUAUCAACGCCAUUGACCCAAAGACCAAGAAGAUCUUGCAACUCUUGAGGCUGAGACAGAUCUUCAAUGGAGUCUUCCUGAAAGUUAACAAAGCCACCCUCAAUAUGCUUCACAGGGUUGAACCAUAUGUUACUUACGGGUACCCCAACUUGAAGAGUGUCAAGGAAUUGAUAUACAAGAGAGGGUAUGGUAAGCUGAACAAGCAGAGGAUUGCCUUAACUGACAACGCCAUUGUUGAGGAGGCUCUUGGCAAAUAUGGCAUCAUCUGCACGGAAGAUCUUAUUCACGAGAUCUUGACAGUUGGUCCUCAUUUCAAGGAGGCCAAUAACUUUCUAUGGCCCUUUAAGCUUAAGGCACCACUGGGCGGUCUUAAGAAGAAGAGGAACCACUACGUUGAAGGUGGAGAUGCUGGAAACCGUGAGAACUACAUCAACGAGCUUAUUAGGAGAAUGAAUUAGGUCUAUGCAGUAAUUUAUUAUUCCAGUCAAUCGAGUUCUUUCUGUCAACUAGGGGGGAUCUGAUACUUAAUCCUCUGUUUAAGUUGAACACAGUUUUCGCUUUAAGGUUCAUGACUUGUUUUGGUGUCGGAAUAUUUGAUUCACAUUUUGAAGACUUGAAUGCUAGAAAGUUUUGUUGCCUUAUAUAAAUGCUUUGCUUUCGAU